AUGGGGGGCCCCCAGAAAGCCUUCAGCAUGCAUGGAGGCGGUGGGAGCGGCAUCACCAUGUCCACCGCUAGGCAGGUCUCCUCCGGCAUUGGUGGUGGGUAUGGGUCCGGCGCCGGUGGCCUCUUCUCAUCCGGUGGUGGGUUCUCCUCUGGUGGGGGUUUCGCCUCCGGUGGGGGCUACUCUAGCGGAGGCUUUGGAGGUGGUUUCGGUGGCGGCUUUGGUGGCGGUGCCGGCGAAUCCUCCGGGGGCCUCUUGGGAGGCAACGAUAAGCAUGUGAUGCAGAACUUGAACGAGCGCCUAGCCUCCUACCUGGAGAAGGUGCAGGCCCUAGAGUCGUCCAACACCGAGCUCGAGGGCAAGAUCCGAGCCUGGUACGACAAGCAAGGGGCGUCCGGAGCCACCGCCACUCAACGAGACUACGGCCAUUUCUACAAGACCAUUGACGAGCUGAGGAACCAGAUCAUGGAAUCCACCAUUGGCAACUCUAAGGUGCUUCUGGAGGUGGACAACGCCAGGCUGGCGGCGGAGGACUUCAAGCUGAAGUAUGAGAAUGAGCUGGGCAUGCGCCAGAAUGUGGAGCAAGACAUCAAUGGCCUACGCAGGGUCCUGGACGAGCUGACCAUGUCCAGAUCCGACCUGGAGAUGCAGAUCGAGAACCUAAAGGAGGAGCUGGCCUACCUCAAGAAGAACCAUGAGGAGGAAAUGGGUGAAAUGACAAAACAGAUGUCUGGCCAGGUCAGUGUGGAGAUGGACGCUGCUCCAGGAAAUGACCUCACCAAAGUGCUUACUGAAAUGAGGGAACAGUACGAGUUCAUGGCGGACAAAAACCGUCGAGAGGCGGAAGCACAGUUCAUUGCCAGUAGUGAACAGUUGCAAAAGGACGUCGUAGCCAACGUUCAGCAGGUGCAAUCCGGGAAGAGCGAGAUCACGGAAAUAAGACGCAGUUUGCAGGGCUUGGAAAUAGAACUACAGUCUCAGCUCAGCAUGAAAGCCGGCCUGGAGGCCUCCCU